UAUCAAGGAUGAGCCAAUUGAGCUUGAGAUUGAGGAAGGAAUUGAGGCAGAGGAGGAUGCCAAUAAUGAGGACCUACCUGAUGCCAUAAUAGGUGAGGGUGAAGACAAACCUGAAGAGGUUGCUGUGGAGAGGCCUAGGAAAAGAUCAAAGUACAUGACAAAAUAUAAAAGAGCAAGAAUUUUGGGUACUCGAGCUCUUCAGAUCAGCAUGAAUGCUCCUGUGAUGGUUGAUUUGGAGGGUGAAAGUGAUCCUCUUGAGAUUGCUAUGAAAGAGCUACGAGAGAGGAAGAUUCCCUUCACAAUUCGUCGGUAUCUCCCAGAUGGAAGUUAUGAAGAUUGGGGGGUUGACGAACUCAUUGUUGAAGACUCGUGGAAGAGGCAAGUCGGGGGAGGCUAAGUAACCGUUUCUAAAUUGUUGCAGUGCCUUUGAUAGAAUGAUGAGGCUGCACUGUCAACUGAAUGUUCUUGUGGAACUGUGAUUAGUUUCAAUCUUUCUGCUCUCCUUAUCGUGGUGAUAGCUUGAUUAGCAAAAAAA